AUGGCUGAAACUCAAGAACAAUUAGAUGUGAGAUUUGCACAAAUUUCAGCAUCUAUUGCUCAGCAAGUAGGGGAACUUCAUACACGGUUGAAUUCUGAAAAAGAGGAUGAAAAUUCCAAAUUUGAAGCUCUCAUGGCUGCCAUUCAAAGGGCAGGACUACAAGGGGAUAAACAGCCUAGGGUGACUGCUGCUGCUGCUGCCCAGUCUGCCUCUACUUCAGGUACUGCACAAAAUUCCUCCACCAUUUCUUUUGGUUCUCCUCCAUUCACACAUACUCUCACACCAGCACACUCACCUCUUAGACCAUCACCCAGCCACCUGACUUCUACCCCCCAACCUGCCGUCGUGAUGACGUCAGCACCGCAACUGGUGAUGUCAGCACCCCAACUGGUGACGUCAGCACCCCCAAGCCCUUUUAACACAUAUCCCUCUUAUAUACACCCCCAGACUGUUUUCCUACCACCCCAGCCCAUUUCCCUUCCAUUCCCACAACCAGAAUUCUACCCACAACACCAUCACAUUCCUACUUUACCCCCACUCCGAUCCCCUAAACUCGAACUCUCCUUAUUUGAUGGAUCUAACCCGUUGGAAUGGCUUUUUCAAGCGGAUCAGUUUUUUAGCUUUUAUAAUAUGCCACCGGAGAAUCGUUUAUCUCUUGUUUCUUUUUAUAUGAAAGAGGAUGCUUUAAGUUGGUUUAAGUGGAUGCAUCAAAAUCGCUUGUUAACUACUUGGGGGUCUUUUACAAGAGAGUUAGAACUAAGAUUUGGCCCAUCUACUUUUGAGAACCAUCAAGCAGAAUUAUUCAAGUUAAAACAAAUAGGAUCUAUUAUGGAGGAUCAAACUAAGUUUGAGCAGCUUGGCAACAAGGUGAUUGGGCUGCCAGCUGAAGCAAUUUUAAAUUAUUUCAUAUCAGGAUUACAAUUGGAAAUUCAAAACGAAUUGGCCAUCCACAAGCCCACCUCUAUAUCCCAAGCCAUUGACCUUGCUAAAUUAAUAGAGUCUAAGCUUAAAGACUCAAAGCCCAAAUUUCCCAAACCUUUUUCCACAAAUUAUUCCAAACAACCCUUACCUCAUUCGACCCUCCCAAGUCCCAAAGCCCACCCUUCACCCACACAAAACAGCCAAUAUCCUCCAAAAACCCUCACAACACAGCAACCCAAAACACCAAUCCGUAAGUUAACUCAGGCCCAGUUACAAGAGAGACGAGCACAGAGACUUUGUUUUAAUUGUGAUGAAAAGUUCUUUACUGACCACAAAUGUUCUACGGGCAGAUUCUUUAUCCUAAUAGCUGAUGAUGACAUGGGUGAUGAUCAAGCAGAAAUUGAAGAGAACAGUAUUAAUAAUAAUGACACUGAUUUGAAUGACACUUACUUUCAACUCUCCCCCCAAGCGGUAACAGGCCAAUUUUCCCCACAUAUACUCAAAUUCAAAGGAUCAAUUGCAGGUCUCCCAGUUAUGGUUCUCGUAGACACAGGGAGUACACACAAUAUUAUGCAGCCUAGGAUUGCCCACCACUUAAAUCUCCAAACUACCCCUAUCAAUCAAUUUUCAGUUAUGGUGGGUAACGGUUCUCAUUUACAAUGCGAAGGAAUAUGUAACCAGGUGGAAAUCUCUCUCCAAAACAAACCAUUUACACUCCCAUUUUACUUGCUACCAAUAGAAGGGGCAGAUAUUGUGUUGGGCAUGGCUUGGCUAAGGACUCUUGGACCUAUUCAAGCAGAUUUUUCUAUUCCAUCCCUCACUUUCCAGCAUCAAAAUAGACCCAUCACUUUAACCGGCGAUCCUAGCUCUAAACCCAUGCACACAACUUUUCACCAAUUGCGCCAACUGAUACAUACAGAUUCUAUUGCCUCUUUUCACUUACUCCUUUUAGAACCAAUGGAUAAACCACUCAACACAACAGCCUCACCAACUCUUGACAAAUCUUCAGCCACUUUACCAAAACAAAUUACUAAACUUUUAACCAAUUUCCAAUCAAUCUUCCAACAACCUACCGGCCUACCCCCACCUAGACCACAAGACCACCAUAUUAACCUUUACCCAAACACUCCCCCCAUCAAUGUUAAACCUUACCGAUAUCCUCACUCAAAAAAAGAUGCCAUGGCUAGCCUAAUUCAACAAAUGCUUAAGGAUGAUGAGCUAGGCUCAGCUACAAUUUUCUCCAAGAUAGAUCUAUGUUCAGGUUACCAUCAGAUCAGGGUUGCAUCGAAAGACACAUAUAAAACAGCUUUUCGCACUUUUGACGGACACUAUGAAUUCCUAGUUAUGCCAUUUGGUUUAACUAAUGGACCUUCUACUUUCCAGUCGGUGGUGUUUGAACUUUUAAAGCAACAGUCUUUCUUUGUUAAGCUAUCUAAGUGUGUUUUUGCAGCUCCUCAGAUUGACUACUUAGGACAUAUAAUUUCAGCGAGUGGUGUUGCACCCGAUCCAGAAAAAGUAAAAGCAAUUUUAGAAUGGCCACAGCCACGUUCUCUCUCGACUCUCCGUGGAUUUUUAGGACUCACCGGUUUUUAUCGUAGGUUUGUUCAAAACUACGCCUCUCUCGCCGCUCCCCUCAUCGAUUUACUUCGUUCCACUAAAUUUUCAUGGAGUACAGAGGCUGACAGCGCUUUUACAAUGCUCAAAAAUAAAAUGACAAACAUGCCAGUGCUAGCGCUGCCAGAUUUUACAAAAACAUUCAACAUUGAUACAGACGCAUCAGGAAUCGCCAUAGGUGCUGUGUUGUCGCAAGACGGUCACCCAAUUGCUUUCUUCAGUAAGAAGUUGUGCCCUCGAAUGCAAGCAGCAUCAGUAUAUGUUCGCGAGAUGUUGGCCAUCACAGAAUCUGUAAAGAAAUGGCGUCAAUACUUAAUUGGUCAGAAAUUUCACAUAUAUACAGAUCAGAAGAGUUUACGAGAUUUACUGCUACAACGCAUUCAGACACCGGAACAACAACGUUGGACAGCUAAGCUACAAGGGUUUGAUUUUGAAAUUUCUUACAAACCUGGGAAAUCAAAUCUGGUUGCAGAUGCUUUGAGUCGAAAGUUUGAAAAAGAGGAGGCACUCUUGUUAGCUCUAUCAUCCCCUGUACCAGAUCUGUUCAGUACCCUGAAGAAAUUCUAUAAAACAGAUGGGAUCUGGAAUGAAUACCAUCAAACACCAGAAGGGGGUCACUCUGGUGUUAAGGCCACACUAGCUCGGUUGCGUGCUUCUUUUUGCUGGCCCGGUGUGUACCUCGCAGUGAAAAAUAUGGUUAAACACUGUACAAACUGUCAACAGAACAAGUACGAAACACAGAAAAAAGAAGGUUUGUUACAAUCUCUACCAAUUCCGGACAGAGUAUGGGAAUACAUUACAAUGGACUUUAUAACAAACUUACCAAACUCUAGGGGUCAUACUGUUGUGUGGGUUCUUUGCGAUCGCCUAAGUAAGUUUGUUCAUUUUCUCCCUCUUCCUACACAUUUCACAGCUCGCGAUCUGGCAGCGCGUUUCACUGUUGAGAUAUUUCGCCUCCAUGGAACCCCAAGAUCCAUUGUAUCUGACCGAGAUCCAUUAUUUCUGAGCAAAUUCUGGAAACAUUUCUUCAAACUCCAAGGCACACACCUGAAAUACAGCACUUCUUAUCAUCCCGAGACAGACGGACAAAUAAAAGUAGUAAAUCGGUCCUUAGAGACAUACCUGCGUUGUUUUGCUGGAGAUCACCCCCGAAAAUGGCAUCAGUUCUUGCAUCUAGCCGAAUAUUGGUACAAUACUUCUGAACACACCGCCAUUCACAUGUCACCCUUCAAAGCGUUGUAUGGACGAGAUCCCCAAAGCUCCUAG